GAGGCUUGCUUUCUUCCUGGGCCUGACCGGACCGGAUGGCUAAUGCAAGCCAAGCCCAAUAAUAAAAAUAAUAAAUGGAGAGAGAGAAAACCUCCCCGCGAGCUUCCAUCGUCGGCAGGGCCAUUCAGCCCUGCAGCCCCGCCCCCUGCGCUGGGUCUCCGCCCACCCGCCCAGGAGGAGCUCGGAGGCUCAGUCCUUUCCGCCCGCCCCUCCCAGGAAGCCGCCGGGCCGCGCCUCCGCUCCCGAGAGAAGGCCGUUGCGCAUCCGUGGAACUGACAGCGCCUUCCGACCAGGGGAGGAACCGUGGGCUGUGCACAUGGCUGCUCUUGUCCCUCGGACAGACUCUUCUGGCACCGACGUCUUCGCCACCCGCCACGGCUGCUUCAUCGUCCGCUCAGACCUGGGCUGUUUCCUUCAAGCGCUUGACUUCUGCUCAGGGCAGGACAUCACGGUGUGGGACCUGCAUCCAGCCUGCCGUGGCGGAGACCACUACGUGGGCGAUCCCACCAGCUCCGCCAUCUACCUCCUCCGCGGGGACACCUUUUGCAAAGUCCUGGACCUGAGCUCGGCACCCCCCGGCAGUGCUCUCCCGUUGCACCCCAGCUGCCAAGGGGGGGACCAUUAUGCCUGCUGCGAGGGCCGUUUCUUCAUCUUCUUCCCGUCACGUGGCGUGGUCCUCUCUGUGGCUGACCUGGCCACCGGGGCAGCAGCCGAGGAGGUCCGUCUGGAGCCUGCACUCCUCCAAGGAAUGUACUAUUACGGUGCCGAUGCCACCCACCUCGCCUGCUUCAGGGUGAAUGAGGAAAGCCGGCCUUGUGUCCACCUUUUUGCCCCAGCAGGACGUGAGGAGGUCUUCUCUCUCCAUCCCGAUGUGGCUUCGUUCCUCCCCGGAGGCCUGGCCCUGAUCCACGGGCCUGCCUUUGGAGUGUGGGAGUGUCUUAAGUUGAUCUCCAACGCCACAGACCUGCCCAUGCCCAGCAGCCAUGAAAUCGCCCGCAAGGUUGGCUGUUCCAAGGUGGUGUUCGGCCAGAAGGUUGCCGCCUCGGGGUCCCUGGACGCCAAAGCCUUGGCGGUUGCUCUUCUGCAGUCGCAGUUCUCCCUCCCGGCUGCUUUCGGGGGCCUGGGGCUGCGAACGGAGCAGGAAGAGUGGGAGGAGGUGGCGGAAGAGGGGGAGGCCCUGCGGGUGAUCCUGCAGCCCAGGCAGAAGCUGUACUGGUGGCAGUACCGCCUGGGAUUGGGCAAUGACCCCAUCCUCUUCUGCCGAUCUCUGAAAGUCACCCGCAGCCCUUCGCCCCCUACUCACGUUCCUCUGCCACUGGCCGACCCUUGAUGAUUAGGACUAAGUGACAGGAAAGUUAACGUUUUCUUUGGGUGGGCAGGGAACCUGAAAAAUAAAAGUUGUGAACCUC